AUGGACGUUUUGCGGGCAUCGGCGUCUCGCUGGGCCUUUGAGCCCUCGGGCGGCGCAGCGCAGCAGCUGCAGCAGCAGCAGCAGCAGCUGGAAGCCGCAGCAGCAGCAGCAGCAGCAGCAGACGAAAGCAUGCGCUGCGAAGCCCUCUUCUUCAGGGAAGCUGAUGAAACGCUGCAGCAGCUGCAGCUGCUCGCCAGCCUCACAAACCAAGCAGCAGCACUUGCUGCUGAGCAAGCAGCAACAGCAGCAGCAGCAGAUGACGCUGCUGCUGCUGCUGCUGCUGCUCCCUGCUCCAGACCCACGUGUCCCUCUGAAGCAGCAUCAGCAGCAGCAGCACCUCAACAGACAGCAGCAUCAGCAGCAGCAGCAGCAGCAGCAGAAGCAGCAGCAGCAGCAGCAGGGCCGCUGACGGCUUCGAAUGUGCAGCAGUGGCUGCAGCAGUUCUGCAGCACAGCAGCAAAAGUUGUCCAUACACUCGAACAGUACCAGGAGCAGCCGCAGCUGCUGGACCCUUACCUGCCGCAGCAGCUCCAGGUGCUGCUGCUGCCGAUUCAGCAGCAUUUGCUGCUGCUCACCACGCACUCCCUGCAGCAGCAGCAGCAGCAGCAGCAGCAGCGGGAGAGGGGGGACUGGACCGCAGCAGCAGCUUGCUGCUGCUUGCGGCUGCUGCUGCACCUGGUGUACGUACACUGCAAAGUCAGGGGGGCAAAGGCCAUCCGCAAUUUGCUGCCGCAGCAGCCGGAGCUGCUGGAGCCCGUUUUCGCAGCAGCAGCAGCGCUGCAGCAGCUGCAGCAGCAGCAGCAGCGGCAGCAGCAGCAGGAUAAGAGGGACGAGGAGGAGACCCUGCAGCAGCAGGCUCAAGAGGCGUCUAGUGCUGCUGCCGCCGCUGCAGCAGCAAGACCUACUGACGCAGGAGCAGCACCAGCAGAUGAAGCAGCAGCAGCAGCAACAGCAGCAGCAGCAGCAGAUGCUGUUGCUGCUGUGGCUGACACUUUGCCCAUAUGGAGUUCAGUGUUUUCUCUUUUUGUGUGGCUCUCUUUGCUGCUGCUGGCUCCCUUCAGUUUAUUAUCUUUAGACUCAAACCAAACCCAGCAGCAGCAGCAGCAGCAGCAGCAGCUGCAGCAGCAGCAGCAGCAGCAGCUGCAGCAGCAGCAGCAGGGGGAGCGGGAGCAGCAGCAGGAAGAGGAACGGCAGCUGUCGCUUGCUGCUGCUGCUGACGCACCGCUCGGCCUGCGGCUGCUGCACCUGGCCCUGAGCUGCUGCAGCAGCAGCAGCAGCAGCAGCUCAAAAGCAGCAGAUGCUGCUGCGCUGCUGCUGCAGUCCCUCUUCCUGCGUCCUGAUGUCCACGAGCAGCAGCAGCUGCUGCUCAGGGCCUUCCUCCGCCACUGCGAACUCACGCUGCUGGGCCCGCAGCAGCAGCAGCAGCAGCAGCAGCAGCAGGGACUGGAGGACAGCAGCACCGCUAGCCUCUUCGGCUCAGAACAAACCAAUGGCGAGUCUUCUCUCUGCAGCAGCAGCAGCAGCAACAACAGCAGCAGCAAGAUAAAUAGCAACGCAUCUAUUGUUAAUUAA